UUUCCUCAUUAACAUGAACACUAAAGCUCUAUAAAAAAAUCCUUGGUGCUUAAAACUAGAGCUGGUGUUUCCAACCAGGAUGAAUUUUGGUUCCAAAGGCAAGAAGCGGAUGGUUCUGCCGAGCCGACCCGAUCCGCCGACAGUGGAGCAGAUCAUGGAGGAUGCAAACCGAGCCUAUCUCAAUGAUCCAGUGUUCACUGUUUUACACGAAUCUGCUGAAGGGUGUCAUCUUUCAGAUUUGAAGUCCAGUUCCAGCAACAGUGAAGUGGAGGUCAGAUACCUGCAGAGCAGACGCUACAUAGAGCUGCAUGAGCGAUUGCAAGAGGAACGUGGCCAUCUUGCUCGGCGGAGAGACGAGCUGCGUGCGACUGGGGAGUCUUUGGAGCACAGUGUGAUGGAGGUGAAGAAGAGUGCACUGUGACAACUCACAGGGGCCUGCAGAACAUUCACGCCUGCAUCUUAUGAACUUGAGAUUUGAUUAUUCAUUAGUUGAUUGCCGGACAUCGCAAUACAACAAAUUAAGAUUAAAAUCAGUAGGAGAAUACAAAGUGUUCUCCCUAUUGGAAAUUAGGUGCAUUUAUUUAAUGAUUUGUUUGUGAUAUUUUUGGCUGAUUUGUUUGUUAUAAAUCUACUUGGUCAAUGUUAAUAUGUGCUAUGUGUGUUUAAUAGAAUUAUUCAGGCAAUCUAAUAAGGUGUGCAGACUUUAUGUAUUUUACAUUAUUUAAUGUAAUUUGUAUCUAAAUUUUCACAAUACAAGCUUUCUUGUUUUUUGAUGAAUGGAAUAUUUCAUUGUUUUCAGAGUACACUACAGACAGUACAACCUGGUGAGCAUAUUGGUAACUGUACAUCUAUUCUUCACAGCUUAAUUUGCAUUUGCAUUAAAUAAGUUGUCUUAAAUAGCCUAAGGUUCUUUGUACAUGUACAAUCAUUCAGUUUAAAAUGUUUAUGAGGUAAAGAUCGCACCACCCUUAAGGCGUAAAGUGUGUAAUUUUUUGGCAUUAGCUCAUUGUUUCUCAAGCUGAGAUUAAUGGUUUCAAAUGACUAAUUUACUCAAGCAUUAGCAUCACAUCUGCAUGAAUUAACUGAUAAAUAAAUUCAUAUUCAUCAAUCAAUGAA